CGUCAUCCCGUUUGAUCAUCCCGAGCACAACAUUUCCGUAAACAUUCAAUCUUCCCACAUUCUACCUCUCUCUUAAAUCUAUCUGAGCUCGACCUGCGACAGCAGCAUGGGCUCUACGGCACCCCCAGUCGAGGACGAGGACGAGUGGGAGUACGAGUACUCGACAGCGGAAACAGAAACAUACUACCUGACCCUGGACCUCUCAGUCCGCGACUUUCUCGAGAAACACCCAGAUGACAUUGUCAAUGCCACCCGCAACGGCUACCGAGUGUGGUACAACCCGCUCUUCAACACAUCCGAACCUCGUCCGAUGAACCCAGACCUCAUAGCCGAACUCCAAGGUCCCGACGACGAAGACGAGCCCGGAAAAGACAUGCCAAACCUCGACAAUGCUGUCGCCGAGAACACGAAUGCCGAAAACGUUGCCCCCUCGACUGCCGUCCAAAACGCCGACCCUAAGACGUACGACGUUAUCGACCCAGCACUACGAGGACCAGAGGAAGUCAACCAACAAAAGCCAGUCGACACCAACAAGCAACAACCAGUCAACACCGAGACCGAGAAAACACCACACCAAAUCGAAACCAUCCAGAUCCUCGAUCUCCACUCCAAAGAGCCCAUGGUCUCGUAUCGCAACCACAUCUUCCAGGGCGCGUGGUCCGAAAACAUCGGCACGGAAAUGAUCUUUACACCUCACGAUCCAGACUCCCCUUUGCCUGCUCUUCGCAAUCUUGGCGAAACUGGAAACCACGGAAAAGUCGACCUCCUAGCUGCUAGCGCGACACGAAUCAAUUUCAAAGAAGUCCGGUUAGAGUCGAAGCAGAUGGCGGAACAAAACAGCAACAACCUCACCAAACAAAUCAGUAGUAUCACAGCUUGGGGCAACGACGAUAUCCCUGAGCGGUACAAGCGCCCAGACGGCGUCUACGUGCACAUUGGCGGUGACAAGACGGGCCAGCGACAACCGCAGGCGCACUUCCUGGAGGAUUUGAUCAUGCUAAAGCGCAAGCUGGGCGAAACCGACUCGGUCACCAUUCGUCCGUUAGAGACUAGGCAGAACAAACUGAUGAUGGAGGACGAAGGCGAAGAGCGCAGAAGAAAGAGGUUGAAGAAUGGACAUGGGAGGUACGAGCGGUGGAGGCAGGGACUGCUCAGAAAGGACAGGGAGAGUAGGAUGGCGAUGGGAGAGGAGGGUUACAUUCCGCGGACGGAGCCGGGACAGACGGGCAAGCACUUGGGGGUUAUGGAGAAGAGAGUGAGAAGGCCGCGGGCUCGGAAAGCGGUGCUCAAGCCGUUGGAGUCGCAAGAGACGCUUCCAGCUCAUCCCGUUGCACCACCUACUUCAGCUCUCCUCCAGGACAGCUCAACGAGCUUGUAUCCGCCCGUGCCGCAAACCAGCUGGGCGCCGAACCCAUCAGAGUAUGCUGCUGGGCACGGGGACGGGAGCAGGCUGUCUGAACAGUAAAUGCCAUGCUCACCGGCCAAAAGACAAUCCAAAUUGUAGCAUUUAUUGUUCACACACCCUGGGGAGCAACGGGGCUGGAAGAGAAGCGUGAAGCAUUGGUGGACAUGCACGUGGCGUUGUUGAUUUCAAGCAUUGGCAGCAUUGGGCAUUUGUACUGCCGUACUAUGUAGAUAGGCCAAGUGGGGGACGCAUGGUGAUCUGCUCUUGUAAGCUGCAUGAAUGGAGUAAUUAUCACGUA